UUAUCAAACAUCGAACUUCAAAAGUUUUAUAAUUCAGCUGGAUUCUUCAUUUUAAAUGAUUUACCUAUCUCAACUCAAUUCUCAAUUGAUGGUCAUACCUCAAUCACUGGUCCUCGUUUUAAAGGUCUUAAAUUAUUACCACCUGGAUUUCAUUUAAUUACAUAUAUAUCAGAACCUAGGAAGAAAACUCAAGAAUCAUUAUCACAAGAUCAUAUUUCACAACAAAUCAAACAUGGUUUAAUCCGAUUUUUCAAACCCAAAGAAAUCAUUAUAAGAAGAUAUGAUGAGAAUGAAGAAAGAAUUCAAUCGAUUCAAGAUGAAACGAUUAGUUCGAUUGAGUAUAUGAAAUCAUUAGAUUCUAAUUUAGCUCCUUAUCCUAUUGAACGUUAUUCGAUUUGGAAAUCUUUAACUUGUUUUAUAACCAUUGAAUUAGUUGAAGAAGUCUUUGGAAUUGAUGAAAGAGGUGAUUCGAUUUUGGAUAGUUUAAUGUCGAAUGAAGAAGAGAAUUUAAAACCUUAUCCUUCUCAUCCACGAGAUCUUAGUGCUUCUUAUCCACGUCAUCAACAUCAACUUUUUUCACAUCAAUCAUCAACUCAUCGUCCAGAAGAUCUAUCGAAUCAGAAAUUUACAAAUUGGCCUAAAAUCAAUCUUAAAAGAUCAUGGCCAAAAGACUCAAUCGGUGAAGAAUUAAGUAAAUGGAGUCAAGAUAAAAGUUAUUUAUUUCAUCAAUUCAUUCUACAUCAAUGUCAAAAAGAUUUGAAUAAGUUUUUAGGUCAUAUUCAAUUAUCAUACCUAACCUUUCUACAAGUACAUUCAUUUCAAUCACUAGAAACUUACCAAACCUUGUUAAACCUAUUAACGAAAUCCAGU